UUUAUAAGUAGAUCCAUAUACUCCAUAUUACCAAGUCCUUGCAACUUCAUCGUUUAUACACACAAAUGGCAAUUUCCAAACCUUCCUCAGAAGAAGAAAGUACCACUAGAAGAAGAAACGACCGUGAAAACCAGUUGAUUCCGGGGCUUCCAAACGACGUCGCAGAGCUCUGUCUCCUACACGUCCCUUAUCCGUACCAAGCCCUUGUCCGGUCCGUUUCGUCGUCGUGGAACAAAGCCAUAACAGGCCCGACUUUUCUCAGCUAUAAGAAGUCCUUAUCCCUUUCUUUGCCUUACCUCUUCGUCUUAGCCUUCAAGAAAUCGACGGCCAGGAUUCAGUGGCAGGCGCUCGACCCCCGAUCCGGCCGUUGGUUCGCCCCCCCGCCGAUGCCAUCCCCAAACGACGCCGUGUUUUGCCCCACGGCAUUCGCGUGCGCCUCCCUGCCACGUCACGGGAAGCUCUUUGUCCUCGGCGGGGGAUUGGGAUUGGGAUCCGAUGCGAGCGUCCCCACGGGGACUACCUUGGUCUACACCUCGUCGACCAAUCAGUGGUCGGAAUCCGCCCCGAUGAACACACCGAGGCUUUUCCUCGAGGCGGGAAACGUCGCCGGGAGGAUCGUCGCCGUUGGGGGUAGCACCGCCGCCGGGGAGGCGAUCAAUUCCGUCGAAUCGUACGACCAUGAGAGCGACACGUGGACGAAGGCGACGGAGCUCCCGGCGGCGCUGAACCGGUAUAGCUCGGCGGUUGUUGGUGGGAAGAUGUACGUCACCGAGGGGUGGACGUGGCCGUUCAUGUUCUCGCCGAGGGGGGCGAUCUACGACGCGGCGAGCGACACGUGGCGGCAGAUGAGGCAGGGGAUGAGGGAGGGAUGGACGGGGGUGAGCGCGGUGGUGGGUGACAGGCUGGUGGUGAUAUCGGAGCACGGGGACUGUCCGAUGAAGGUGUACGAUGAGGAUCAGGACACGUGGCAGUACGUUGGAGGGGAGAAGUUUCCGUGUGGCGCGCUGAGACGGCCAUUCGCUGUGAGCAGUCUGGAUGGGAAGAUAUAUGUGAUGUCAAGUGGGCUCAAUGUGGGGAUUGGGAGUUUGUAUGAUGGAGGGAAUGGGGAGGUGAAGGUGACGUGGCAGGUCCUGGCAGCUCCAACUGCUUUCCAUGGAUUUUCACCGUCUAGUUGUCAAGUGCUUUAUGCAUAAAAAUAUUCAAAUAAAAAAAGCACUAAAUUUGAAAUUUAGAAUAUUUUGUUUUUUUUUGGAGGGUUCUGAUAAUUGAGAUUAUUUUCUUCACAGGGCGGGCAAUUUUUAGUGGAGUCACAUCUGUGUGUUUCUUGGCAUUGUUAGGCAAUUUUAAGAGAGUUUCUGAUUUCAAAAUGUAGUGCUGUUUAAUUCCACUACAUACAUAUAUAUAUAUAUAUAUAUAUAUUUAUAUAUAUAUUCUCUAGCUAGUUAGCUUAGCUAGCCCUUGUUGAUCAUAGUGGCAUCUUUGCCGGUGUGUUUGAUUUAGCAGUACUUUGUUGCUAAUGAACUAAACAGUGGCAUCUUUGUUGUUGUUUUUAACCUGUUUAUUGGCUGAUUAACUUUGCUAUAAUUCUAGGAACCAUAUUGGCAGGCCCGGCUCAGGUGAUUCGAGGCCUUAAGUAAAAUUGUAUAA